AGCACCACAGACACCUCUGCUCACUCGUUCUACCAUGUCAUGUUGUUUGAGUGCGGAGCCCCCUCUGCCCAGUUGCUCUGGAUGGGUGAUGAGUGAGACCCUUACCUGGCCUGUAAUUCUUACCUAGUGCCUGUGGUGGGAGAGGUGUCUUAGGCCAGGGAACUUGGCACGUGCCAUGCAGAUGAGUCUCUGGACAUACGGGGUGUCUGGUGCUUGCACACACCCGGAAGCAUUUGGGACCGUCUUGAAGACCACUGUACUAGAGCGACGUCUUUGCAGGAAGGGCUGCAGAAACGGCCACAGCCUGUCGACACUGCACAACCAGGGCGUGCUGAGGGCCCAUGGCGCAGACCUCCUCAGCUUCCUCGAGCUCUCCCAGCUCCUGUUCCAGAACGACCCCUGGCUGCUGCCCGAGGUCUGCCUCCAUUACAACAAAGGGGAGGGGCCCCAUGGCUCUUGCACCUAUCAGAUGCAGUGCACCAAGCUCCACAUCUGCCAGUACUUCUUACAGCGUGAGUGUAAGUUCGGUGUGAGCUGCAAGCGGUCCCACGACUUCUCCAGCCCCGAGACGCUGGCCAAACUGAAGAAGCUGGGCAUGAGCCCUGACCUGGUGCGCAGGCUGCCUGCCAUUUACAGGAACGCAUAUGACAUCAAGAACCGUAGCUCCAGCCCGGACACCGUGCUCCCUGGCUCCCAGGCCACUUUGGAAAGAAGAGAAGCCUCAGGUUCCAGGCCUUCAGGCUCUGCCAUCCAGGAUGAGAGUGACCAGAUCUGCUUAUACUACAUCCGGAAAAGCUGCAGCUUCCAAGACAAGUGCCAUCGGGUCCACUUCCAGCUGCCCUACCGCUGGCAGUUCUUCAGUGGAGGCAAGUGGAAGGAUUUUGACAAAAUGGAGAUUAUUGAAGAGACAUACAGCGACCCCAGCAAAGAGAGGGUCCUCUGUGUGGACUCAGCUGACAACACCUUCACAGGCUCCCUGAACUUUGACUCCAUGACGUUUGGCGCCUUCCGGGCCCGCCGCCUCUCCACAGCCUCCUCGGUCACCAAGCCCCCGCACUUCAUCCUCACCACUGAGUGGCGGUGGCACUGGGCUGACGAGGCCGGCUCUUGGCAGGAGUACGGACGACAAGGCACAGUGCACCCGGUGGCCACAGUCAGCAGCCCCGAGUUGGAGAAGGCCUACCUGGCGUUCUGCACAGCGGGCCCCAAUGCUGAGGCGGCUGUGCUGAGGUUCACGGCCGGGAAGCACGAGUAUGAGCUGGAUUUCAGAGCUUUUGUUCAGAAAAACCUGCACUACAGCACUGUCAGAAAGGUGUGCCGGAGACCUAGAUACGUGUCCCCCCAGGACGUGAAGGUGAAGCAGACCUGUACUUCCAUGCUUCCCAGCCUGCGGAACAUCCCCGACUACUGGGAUACCUCUGCCCUGCCGGACCUGGGGUUCAAGAGGAUUGCCCUCAGCCCAUCCUCAGAGGAGUACCAGAAGGCCUGCGAGCUCUUCAGCCGCACAAUGCCCUCCUACAUGAUCCAGAAGAUCGAGCGUGUGCAGAACCUGGCCCUCUGGGAAGUCUACCAGUGGCAGAAGGGCCAGAUGCAGAAGCGGCUCGGGCGCACCCUGGUGGACGAGCGGCAGCUCUUCCAUGGCACCAGCGCCUGCUUCGUGGAUGCCAUCUGCCAGCAGAACUUCGACUGGCGCAUCUGUGGCCUCCAUGGCACCUCCUAUGGCAAGGGGAGCUACUUUGCCCGUGAUGCGGCGUACUCCCACCACUACAGCGAAGUCCGUGCGCAAUCCCACAUGAUGUUCUUGGCCCGCGUGCUGGUCGGCGAGUUUGUCCGCGGCUGCUCCACCUAUGUGCGCCCGCCGGCCAAGGAGCGCCAGAGCGCCGCCUUCUAUGACAGCUGCGUCAACAGCAUGUCUGACCCGUCCAUCUUUGUGGUCUUCGAGAAGCACCAGAUCUACCCCGAGUACCUCAUCCAGUACACCACGAGCGCCAGGCUGCCCCCGGUCUCUGCCGCAACCAUCUCCGCGGUGGCUGCCGCUGCCGCCGCCGCCACCGCCACCGCCACCAUCGGGAGCUCGCCUCGCGUGGCUCUCUGGUGAUGGCUCAGCCGCUGAGCUCAUCUCCCCAACACUAGGGGCCGGGGGUGGGGACUCUUUUUACUUUCAAUUUUUUUAUGAGCAGAAAGCUUUUAAUAUGAACUGUCGGUUCCGUGUUGACUUCCCUGAAGCAGCAUCUUAAUCUCUGAGGAGCCUGGCGUUUGCUGUUAAGGCCGCCGUAUGUCCUGGGCUUUGGGGCAGCCCAGCUGGCAGGCCGUGGGGGGAGUGGGGAGCCUGACUUUACUUUUUAAGAGUGUUUUAGAUUUUGUUUUACUCUUUGUUGACUUUGCUGCUUAUUGGCACCAGGUAGAGAUUCCUAGAAAGGGUUUUAUGGAUUUGUUUUAAAUUUUAGGAUUUUUCUGUCUGUGCCAUGAUCUUGGGCCUCCUUGUGCUGGUUUUGCUUUUUGGAGGAGACGCCUGACCCUGAGAGCACUGGGUGAGGGUGGGGAGGGUGCAGCCUGGCUGCCUACUGCCUAGGCUCACUCAGCUGUGCUCUGGCCUGCAUGGCCUUGUCUGAACUGUGUGGUGUCCUCCUACCUUGGGGGGGGGGGGCUCCUUUGUCCUGGGGCAUGAGAGGUGGCCCUGAGGAUCCUCACUGGGUUUGAGUGUGCACCCAACAUCUCCAUUGCACCCUGGGCACCCAGUGCAGCCCGAGUGGGUGCUGUGGCCUCAGGAGAUUGUAAUCCUGCUGCUGCAAAUGUCCCAAAGAGCUGGAAAUAAAGACUCCCCUGAGAGUCCAA